AUGGCCGUUUCUAGUAACGUCCGUGUAAAAUCCUGCACAAUCGCUCAUUCUGCUGCCAGAGCAAACGUCUGCAAAAUUGCUCUGGGGUACAUAUAUAAGGAGCCCUAUCCCAUUUGUUCAUCAUUCAAAAUGGUUAAAGCUUUAAUUGCAGUUACCUCGUAUAACGACGUCUUUUACGAAGACGGGGCAAAGACAGGAUUGUUCCUUACUGAGGCCUUGCACCCAUUUGAGGUGUUCAGAGCUCAAGGUUACGAUGUGGAUUUUGUGUCUGAAAAUGGAACUUUUGGCUAUGAUGAGCACUCGUUAAGCCCAGAUUUCUUGGAUGGAGACGACAAGAACAUUCAUCUCAAUGCUCACUCUGAAUUCAACAUUGGGUUGAAAAAUAUCAAAAAACCAUCGCAAGUCGAUGCUUCAGAAUAUUCCAUUUUCUUUGCCUCGGCUGGCCACGGCACAUUAUUUGACUAUCCAAAGGCCAGUGGCUUGCAAGAACUUGCUCAAAAAAUAUAUGCCAAGGGUGGAGUUGUUGCUGCUGUUUGUCAUGGACCUGCUAUCUUUGCCAACUUGAUUGACACCUCAUCUGGCAGACCAAUUGUUGAAGGCAAGACCGUUACUGGUUUCACCGACAAGGGAGAAGAACAGAUGCAAGUCGACAAGAUCAUGAAGAGCAAGAACUUGGAAUCAGUUGAAGAACUCUACAAAAGAUUGGGUGCAAAAUACUCGGCACCUAAUGGACCAUGGGAUGACCAUUCUGUUGUAGAUGGCAGAGUUGUUACUGGUGUAAACCCACAAUCAGCAAACUCCACAGCUAAGAAAGCGGUGCAAGUUUUGUCGGAAGUGAAGGGAAUUGAUAAGGUCACUGGUUAA